UACCAUGCGCACAGGUUGGCAGGAGCAGCAACCCGCUUCUUUGUCAAAGAAAGAGACAGCAGCGGAGGAUCGUGCCGCACCCUUUGUGCUUCUCCUGGGACUCAGCGCAAAUCACUCCGCACAGGUAACAACCUAUAACUACCGGAAGCAAGGGAGAAGUCCAAACACAGAGGACGCUGAAAGUGCGCAAGAGGCGGUGACUUCAGGUGGCCUACGACAGCACAUUGUCUCUCAACUCGACGAGGACUCCUGACCUGGAUUUACCUGAUAAAGGAGUUCACAGACGCAAUAAAAAGUUGAAGACCAGUGGAGUCCCAGACAGCCGUACAGUGAAGGCCUCAGACUUCAGACUGGAUCCUUCCAGUCCUCCAUCUGUCCAGCUGAUGGCAUGCCGAUUUCCAUCACAUCAGAGAGGGAGAGUCUGAAUGGCGCCCUAGACCUUCCCCUGUGCUUCUUGUCUGCAACGCUGCUCGCCUCUCCGUCCACUCCAGGUCUUCUCUGAUCCCACAUCCACCGUCUAUCUCAACAUGGGUACAAACACCACUGACAAGAUAUGCCACUACAACCGGACCGUGGACUUUUUCUAUGAGAAGAGUGGCAAGAACAUCAGCGAAUACUGGCGCAACCGUGACUAUGUGAUUGUCAGUCUGGGCAUGACGGUCUGCUUCAUUGUCAUCUUUUCCAACCUUUUGGUCAUGGGCGCCAUUUUUAAAAACAGACGCUUUCACUAUCCCAUCUAUUACCUGCUGGGUAACUUGGCUCUGGCUGACCUCUUCGCAGGUGUCUCCUACCUCCACUUGAUGUUUCAUACCGGUCCGUGGACCAUUAAGCUGUCUCAGCAUCAGUGGUUUGUGCGACAGGGGCUGAUCGACACCAGCCUGACAGCUUCCGUCCUCAACCUACUGGCCGUGGCCGUGGAGCGUCACCAAACCAUUUUCAACAUGCAGCUGCACAGUAAGAUGAGCACCCGGCGUGUUUUCAUCAUCAUGCUCUGCAUCUGGCUGGUGGCCAUCGUCAUGGGCCUGGUUCCCGCCAUGGGCUGGCACUGCCUGUGCGACCUGGAGAACUGCUCCACCAUGGCGCCGAUGUACAGCCGCAGCUACCUGGUGUUCUGGGGGGUUCUUAACCUGCUUACCUUCUUCAUCAUGGUGGCUGUCUACACACGGAUCUUUGUCUACGUGAGACGCAAGAGCAAGCAGAUGUCACAGCACACCACCCAGAUGAGACACAAGGAGACAGUGUUCAACCUGAUGAAGACCGUCUCCAUGAUCCUGGGCUGUUUUGUGUUCUGCUGGACGCCCGGUCUGGUCAUCCUGCUGCUCGACGGUCUGGGCUGUGGAAAGUGUGAGGUGCUGCGCUUCGAGAAGUACUUCUUGGUCCUGGCCGAGUGCAACUCCUUCUUCAACCCCAUCAUCUACUCCUUCAGGGACACUGACAUGAGAAGGACCUUCAAGGAGAUCCUGUGCUGCCUGUGCCAGCGGGGCAGCCGCAAGGGCGCCUCUGGCGUUUACUUUAACACCCUGGAGCAAGAGAAAUAUAAGUAUCGUGCUGCCGAGCCGACAGGGAAGACCAACGGGAUCCCUCUUAUCCGUGCAGGCUCAGAAGACAUCCCUGCCCAUUCAGAAACCUGACAUUAACUCAAACAAGGACAAACGUUCAACAUACUCAAGGCAUGCAGACACACACUUGAUGCUGAAAUCUAGGUAUGCACACAUAAACAAGCGUUAAGACCUGUGUUUCCUCAGCAAGCAGACUGUUGUGUGAGACUGUCUGUUCUUUUAAGAAACAUUGGAUAUAUACCUGUGCUGCUUCAAAGCCAGUUGGGACAAGAAGAAUGGACUUCUAAUAUCAGUUGGCCAACAUGAUGGUGGACAUCUCUUCUAAUUUAAUUGGCAGCAAGUGGUUCAUUUGCGCUCCAUCAUCGACCUUCAGCAGACAAUUGGAGGAACCCUCCAUUACUGGGCCAUUUAAACAACAUGGGGGGGGACAUUGUAGAGCUCAUUUCCUGUUGUGACAUAAAUGAGAACUGCCAGUUCUCCCUAAACAGAUGGGGGCAGAAGAAGGAGCACUGACGGCCGCUGAACAACUGGAACGUGCUGGCGAAGCAUGGAAGAAAUGAAGGAAAGUGUGUGUGUGUGGACAUUUGCAAAGCAGAAACAUGUACUCUGUUGAGUGCCGUGAAGUUAUAUAAGCGAUGCAAAUUAUUUUCUCUAUACCCUCAUGGUGGAUUCAUGUGUAUUUGAGUUAAAGCGCUCAUAUUAUGCUCAUUUUCAGGUUCAUAAUUGUAUUUAGAGGUUAUAUCAGAAUAGGUUUACGUGGUUUAA